AUGGGACCUGGGACUCAUUUGGAGAAACGUUUAGCCCGCGGUGACCCUGGCAUCAACAGGUUAGACAAGAUUGCUAAAGCCCAUGACAUUGACUAUGCUAGAGCCAAAAACUUGAAGGACAAAUGGAUGGCAGAUCGCAAGAUGAUUGCCAAGAUCGAUAAACUGCCAGGUCAGAAAAGUCUGACGGAACAUAUUGUCAAAAAUAUCAUGAAAGCUAAACUCAAGUUGGGCAUGUAAUCAUGUUGUUCUUAUCCUUAUCAAUAAAAGAGAUUGUUUAUGCCAAAUUCUACUCGGUGUGGUGUUGUAGUUUUAUUCCUCUGACAAACACAAUGUUUUUUUCAUACAAUCUCGAUGCAAUGCACAAUUCCCUACUGCAUUUGCAUUCUACCAGUAUUGGUUGCGUUAAACCCAUAAAAAGGACUUAAGAGCAAUGAGUAAAAAUACUUCACUCAAACAACGAAAAAAAAGUUGCUGAUGAGACAACGUGGAGGAACGGGAUCAUGGAAAGUAUUGCAAGACGUUUGUCACUACCUUUACCGAUAAGAAGAUGCCGCAAAUGCAAAGAAUAUAAAACAACUAUGGCUAAUCUACUUCAAAUCAUACAAGAACAAAACCAACAACUGCAAAACCUACAACGUCAACUGGAUUUCACAAAGGCACAUUACCUCGAACAAAAUCAACGAUUAUCUCGCACUCAAGAAAAAUUGCUCUGCAAUCCUUGUCUCGUUAAGUUUAAACAACCCAACCACGAUUCUGAACUUUGCUCAACGUGUUCUACAAGAGUACCAAACUGAACGCAGUCCUCACGAUUCCAGCAGAAGAAAUUGA